AUGGUCGUGGCGCGUGAUGUCUUGAAUGACCGCAAGCGUACUAUUAUCUUUGACCGUGCAAGGAACAAUUGUCAGACCAUCUGGAAGAAGCAUCCGUAUUUAGAACUCACGGGUCCUACGCGUGUUGUUGUGACCUGCUAUGAUCCUGGGGACAUCGAGGUCAUGCUCAAACUCAAGGGUGCCGACGAAUCGGAGGAUAGGGACCUGAGUUUUCUAGCAUUAACGUUAAAAUGUCGUGGGUAUUGUAGCUUUGAUGAAGCUUACACUAGCAAGCGUAGCACACUAGAGUUAACAUUCCGCCACAUUGAGAGCUGCGUGGAGGCCAUGAUCUGCGUGCGACUCGUCGGUGGCUCAUCAUGGCCAGAAGAUUUGCAAGGUGUUUUGACAGCGAGUAUUGCCAGCAUAGAUGACGCGGAAGGUGUAUUGCUUGCUUUUGGAGAUGAUAAAUUGCCCGUUGUUGUUGCUGAUGAUGGCACGAUUAAGCUUUCACGGCGUGUUGUCGCUGUUGAGCUUGACAAAGGAGAGCUAAAAGUUUCUGUCGUUGCACGGCGACGGCUUGAAAAUGGCGAACAUGUUGAUAGAAGAGAUGAUGUAGUUUUCACAUCAAUGUAUGCCGGUAGAAGCUGUGAUGUGCUUGAUGUUGGCUCUUGUAAGCUGCAGGUAACGGUUGCAUGGUCCCUAAUCGAUGACUAA